GUAAUGCGCGUAACAGAAGGAGACUAGCGGGCUUCGGAAGAGGGACAAAUCUGGCCAAUAAAAUAUUUUAACGGGGAAGCUAUCGCAAAGGGUUCCGUUUCUCAUUCUUUGCGAAAUGCGCCCUUCACGGAAACGCUGGACUAUUUGCACAAUAAGCAUCCUGCUGAUCUUCUACAAAACGAAAGAAAUAACUAGAAGUGAAGAACAUCAGGAAGCUCAAGUCACUGGUGAACUCAUCACCUCGAGACUCAUGGUCAAUGGUUCAGAGAAAAUCAGCAGGAGGGGUAUGCCGUUGUUUCUCCAGCACUCGGUCGCAGGAUGGCGGGUCAAUUCGUCACUGGUUCUCAUGAUAAGGAAGGACGUCCUACGUUUCCUGGAUGCUGAAAGAGAUGUUUCAGUGGUGAAGAGCAGCUUCAAACCAGGAGACACCAUCCACUAUGUCCUCGACCGACGCCGAACGCUGAAUGUCUCCCGCACGCUGCACAGUCUGCUACCGGACGUGUCGCCGCUCAAAAACAAGCGCUUCAGGACGUGCGCAGUGGUCGGCAACUCCGGCGUGCUUCUCAACAGCGGAUGUGGCAGGGAAAUUGACAGCCACGACUUUGUGAUACGCUGUAACCUGGCGCCGCUGGCGCAGUUCGCCGAGGACGUUGGGCUGCGGUCCGACUUCACCACCAUGAACCCCUCGGUCAUCCAGAGGGCCUACGGCGGGUUGAGGAACGCCUCGGACAUGGAGAGGUUUGUCCAGCGGCUGCGCAUGCUGAACGACAGCGUGCUGUGGAUCCCGGCCUUCAUGGUGAAGGGAGGGGAGAGGCACGUGGAGAGUGUCAACGAACUCAUUGUCAAGAGGAAGCUGAGGGUGAGGACGGCUUACCCGUCGCUGAGACUCAUCCACGCGGUGAGAGGGUACUGGUUGACGAACAAGAUCAAUAUCAAACGGCCGAGCACCGGACUUUUGAUGUACACUUUAGCCACACGCUUCUGUGAUGAGAUUCACUUGUACGGAUUCUGGCCUUUUCCCAGGGACGCAAAUGGGAAUGUGGUGAAGUACCAUUACUACGACAUGCUCAAGUAUAGCUACUUCUCCAAUGCCGGCCCUCAUAGGAUGCCACUCGAGUUCAAAACUCUGAAAAUGCUGCACAGCAAAGGAGCUCUGAAGUUGACAACUUCCAAGUGCGCACCUUGAAGUGCUCCUCAAUGGAGGGGCCAUUUCCUUGGCAUGAACUCACACUUUUUGGGUUCGCAGAACUGACAGCUGAAGGGAUUACGGAGGACAGUUGACAAUGAGCUCUUUGGAGUAAUUGCCAAAGAAGAAGGUAACAGGGAGCCUUUUUAUGUACAAAAUAUAAAAAGGUACAAAACACGUGAUUGAAAUGCAAUGAUAAACAUGACUCCGUCUAGCAUGUAAAUGCCGGGUUUUGGCGUUGUAAGGAUCACGGCUGGGAUAUCUGGAAACUGACUUUUUUUUGUAUGGCGCAUCAGAAAUGACCACGCUGAUUACAACACCAUGGAUUUCUACACUGGGAGUAAUAACGUAGAUGGGAGGGUUGUAGCAGGGAGUUGCCUGUUAACAUUCAAUCUGUAGGGUGUUGAUUUUAAAUGUGGAGUAAUCAAGAAAUUGACAGGAAAUGACAGCUGAUGUGUGCGAGUCAGAGGAUGGGAUUGCCACCUGCUGGUUCUGACAGAUUGUCGUCACAUGUUUUGUCUCCGUGUGAGAGCAGGGGACACUGGUUAUGCUCGGCCUACUAUAUUUAGGAUAUUUGAAGAAAACAAAUUGUGUCCAGAAUAAUGUGGGCCUAUUCCAAAGAUCCCAUGCUAAUUUAUUUAAUCUCUUGAAAAGAUUAUGUUGUUUUUCACCGUUGAAUUUUUUAGGAUUUAGAAUUAUUUUUAUAUUUGCCUAGAUGUCAUUUGAAAUAUGUAGUCUUACCAGAACACACAUUUUAUAAAUGCGUAGCCUGUGUUGAAAGGGAAUGGAGACUUAUCUUAAGUUGCAGCUUUUCAAAUGUUUAUUCAUUAGUACUGAUGACUUGACUGCAAUGUCUGCCACCAUUUGUCUUGGGUAACACGAUAGAUUCUGGCGUGUCCCUACAUUUCUGUGGGGAGCCCUCUUUGCAAUGCGUCAUGAGCUCCGAUAGCUGUUUCAGAGCCCGACUCGACCCUCUCUUAGUGAAACUUUGCCAUCCCAUUUAAUGUGUACACAGCCAAAUCCAUUUGAAUACAUUGUCCUACGUAGCUUUUGCAAGUCAAGUUGAUGGGCAGAAAUGUAUGAUGUAGGCACAUAAUUUCUCAGCAGUCAGUCUCUUAGAAAAGUGAUCUAUUUGAACUAGUGUGUUCAUGCUGUCCUUUUCUAACUUCAACUUGUGUUCUGUAUAUGUUUUCUAGACAACAUGAGGCUGUUGAAUAGGCUUGAAUGUAAUGGAUUCACUGUAUCUCACAACACUGAUGUCAUGCAAAAUGAUAAAGAAUGUAAAAAAAAAAAAAAAAGGAAAAAGAUUUGCCUUGAAAAACCGCUGUAUGCCGUUGUGUUUUUGUUUUAUUUUCCUGGCAAGUAAAAUGUACAAAACAAAUUUUCCCAACUAUCAAUAUUAGGAAAAUCCAGUUGCCAACAACUGAAACAUUGUAUACAUCUAGUGGCCUGUUGAAGUGUAUAUUGAAGUUGCGGGCUGGGCCCGUAUUCAUACUCCCAUAGUCUGACCGCUGAUCAAUGAUUGUGUCCUCCCUGUCAAUCCAUGUAAUGAUCUGAUUUUAAAAGUCAAAAGGGAUCCCAGAUCAGCCCUCCUACUCUUUGGUGUGUUAUACUAGGUAUGUGGCUGAUCAUUUAAAAAUGUUCUAUUGUCAAUGACAAUUACUUAGAAUGUAAAACAAUGUACAUACAUGGUAUUGAAUUGGGAACAGUUCAUGUUAAUGCAUUUAUCAGAAGCUAAACAUAAGGAGACAUGGUUCAUUUACAUUCUUCUUCAAUACUGCCAAUAGCCUUUAAUUUAUUGAAUGAAGUCAUCCUUUGAUAUGACUGCAAUUAUUAUGCCUUAUUUAUUAUUUUUGGUAUAGGAAGAGUAGCCUCCUUGGCAUUGUUAUACCUUUGUCUGUUUUUAAUUGUGCAUAAGUCUGUAAUUUCUAACAUUGUGACGUUUUAUACAUAUGUGAUACCUAGUUUGAGUCAAUACAAUCAGGUGCUGAAUGCCAUGGUAGAUUUAUCAUUUUUGGUAACAUUUGAUAACGUUUGCUUUAAUUGUUUUAACUUUUUUUACAUGUCAGAUUUCUAUGUUUGUGAAAAUGCAUUUAAGAAUAAGUGAAUAAACUUGGUAAAUAG